AUGACGGCUAAUCGAGGACUCGGUCUCCACAUCCCCACAAUCCACCACUCUCCUCCUACCACAACUUACCAUGGCCAAGUCUCAAAUCCUUGCUCAGUCCCCAACGACGUUGUCAUCGUCUCUGCCCUUCGAACGGCCAUCACCAAGGCCAAGAAGGGUGGCUUCAAGGAUACCCUUCCCGAGGAGCUCUUGAGCAACGUCCUCAAGGCCGUCUACACCAGCGCCAAACUCGACCCCAAGUUGAUCGAGGAUGUGGCUGUGGGCAAUGUGCUUCCCCAGGCGGAGGAGCCACUGCGGCACGUAUGGCCGCUCUCCACGCCGGAAUCCCCAACUCGAGCUCGGUCUACACCGUCAACAGGCAAUGCAGCUCCGAUCGAUAUUGGUAUCGGUGCCGGUGUGGAAAGCAUGACUCACGGAUACGGUGCCGGUGUAAUGCCCGCCCAGUUCUCUGAGGACGUUCUGGCCAACCAGGAAUCCGCCGACUGCCUCAUCCCUAUGGGUAUCACUUCGGAAAACGUUGCGGCUCAAUACAAAAUUUCUCGGGCCACCCAAGACGAAUUCGCGGCCAAGUCGUUUGCCAAGGCUGCCGCCGCUCUAAAAGCGGGUAAAUUCCGUGCGGAAAUUGUUCCUGUCAAGACCAAGUGGACCGACCCCAAGACCAACGAGGUGAAGGAAAUCGUCGUCGAGAACGACGAUGGUGUUCGUGACGGCGUGACUGCCGAGAGCUUGUCUAAACUCAAGCCCGCGUUCUCCAAGACUGGCUCGACCCAUGCCGGAAAUGCCAGCCAGGUCUCGGACGGUGCUGCGGCUGUCUUGUUGGCUCGCCGUAGUGUUGCUCAGAAACUCGGAUUGCCUAUUCUUGGCAAAUUUGUCACUUCUGCUGUCAUUGGAGUACCACCCAAGAUCAUGGGUGUCGGCCCAGCCUAUGCUAUCCCAAAGGCUCUCUCGAAAGCUGGAAUCCAGCUCAGCGAUGUCGACUUUUUCGAGAUCAACGAGGCGUUUGCAUCGCAGGCAAUCAUGUCCAUUGAGCACCUCGGCAUUCCAUUCGAGAAGGUCAACCCCAACGGUGGUGCGAUUGCGUUGGGUCACCCUCUCGGAUGCACUGGUGCACGGCAAGUCGCCACCGCGUUUGCUCAUGCCAAGCGCACCAACGAGCGCAUCAUUGUGACGAGCAUGUGUAUUGGUUCGGGUAUGGGUAUGGCUGCUGUUUUCGUCAACGAGCAGUAG